GGUCUUCUUUCUUUUGUGACACUGGGGUAUGCUGGACGAGCUUCAGGGAAUAAUUUUAUUAGCAAUCCCGCCGCUAACGCUAUUAAGACAGCUCAUUCUUCAGGCAAAAAAGCAAAUUCCUCUGAUUCAUGCAGCCAAAGUCCUUCGGAUACUGGUAACCUCAUUUCUCUAUAUAUUCCAUUGUUGGACGGUAUCUCAACAGCAAAUUCUAGCAUCAAACUGAGUGGUCUCCCUCUACCAUGCACUCACUUGCUCGCUAACCAAGCCUGUCUGCUAUUGCUUGUUCUAGUAACCCAAGCUGGAGUCCCACUUCUUGUCGAGCAGUCAGAUAACGAUCGCAGUGGGACACGAUUAUCUGCUACUCGAGCUGCUGGCUCCGCCAAAGCGGCAGCUGCUGCCAGAUUGGUUCCAAAAAAUCUCUAUCGCGAGGCACUCUUCUGUAUUUUAGAUAAAACAGGUGGCGCAAAUAUGUAUGACAGAGGUAACCAGAUCUCUGCCUUGAAUUUUAUUUCAGACGAACCUUCUGAUGACAAACAAAAGCAAGGUAUCUCUUAA